GAGAGAGAGAGAGAAGGAUACAGAGAGUGAGAGAGAUGCUGUCCUCCUCAGCAGAUCCUCCCAUCAUGGCGGAGGAGGAGCGCGUGUCGCACCCCGGCUUCAUCCCCGCGCGCUACUCGGCGCUCCUCAUCAUCAGCGCGGCUUCGGAGCGGAACAUCCGGGACUUUAUCUGCUCAGAGCUCCACAGAGGGUUGCGUGUGUGGGAUGUGGAUCUGACAGAGUGUAAUUUGGACGAAGAGCUCAGAGAGUUUGUGAGUCGUCGCUCGUCUCAGAGCUGCAGUGAUGUUAAAGGUCAGCGGAUAUUGGAGUUCAGUACAAGUGUGUUCAGCUGCAGAGUCGUGUUCAGUCCCUCAGAGGAAACUCUCUACUCUCAGAUCCACGGACUAAUAACAGACACGUCUCAGCACAAGCUGCUGGUGCUGACUGGACGCUCCCUGGAGGACAGCGGAGACCUCGUCUUACACAGCGGACACUUCACUCCAAACCACCUCAUUCAGAUAUUUACAGAUGAGGAGAUUCAGGACAAACUGAACUCUACAAGUGUGACAAGAAAAGCAAAACUGACCCUCAGCUGCCCAAAGACUGGACCAUGGAAGAACACCAUACUCGGGAAACACAGUUUACCAGACGUAAUAGACAUUAAAGUGAACCCUUUAAUGGUGCUGCCCAAAAUGGAUGGCCUCCAGGAGUUCACCAGUCAUCUCUGCGAAAACAUUGAGCCGCCAUCACCGUUUGAUCUCCUAGAACCCCCAAGCACGGUGGGGUUCCUCAAACUCUGUCGUCCUUGCUGCUACAUAUUUCCAGGUGGGAGAGGGGACUGUGCCUUUUUCGCCGUCAACGGAUUCAACGUCCUGGUGAACGGUGGAUCGGAUCCAUGCUCUUGCUUCUGGAAGUUAGUGAGGCAUCUGGACCGUGUGGAUUCCAUUCUUCUAACUCAUGCUGGGACUGAUAAUCUUCCAGGGAUUAAUAGUCUUUUUGCAAGGAAGGUUGCUGAGCUCAAGGAAGAUGAUUCCUCUGAAUCAGAGAAGAAAGAAAAGUGGCUGAAAAAUCUGAUCUCCCCAGAGUUGGGUGUCGUUUUCUUUAAUGCACCAAAAAGGCUGAAGAAAAUUCAAGGUGAUCCAAAUGUACUGCGAAGUAGUGAUCAAGCAGGCCUUACUUUACGUAAUUUGGAGAAGCUCAAGCUCUCAGCAGAACCACUACUUCGCAGUUCAAGUGGUCCCAUAGAACCAGUGAUUCUGUUUCAGAAGAUGGGAGUUGGAUGUCUUGAGCUGUAUGUCAUUAACCCAGUUAAAGGCAGCAAAGAGUUUGAGGACUUCAUGAACCGCUGGCCUGAAAACAGCAUUAAUCCCAAAGGUUCUGAAGUUCCCCUAAGUUCUCUGGUGUCUAUUUGCACUUUACUUGUGUGGCAUCCUGCCAGCCCACAUGAAAAGAUCAUACGAGUCCUCUUCCCUGGGUCAACGCCACAAGCAAAGAUACUGGAAGGUCUAGAAAAGCUGAAGCACCUAGAGUUUCUCAAGCGUCCUGUAGUGUGUUCCAAAGAUAUCGAACCAAACUCAGAAAAGAACCCAAAACGAGCUGAGAGCCAAGACAGCCUCAAGUCCACCACCAAAGAAUCCAGGCCAAGCAGUGCCACAACAAAGGAGAAAUCAGUCCGUGGGUAUCCAGAGCCAAAAGACCAGGUCAAGGUCAAGUCUAUGGCUGGUGAAGAAAAACCAAAGUCUGUUGAAAACAGUGUCAAGCCUAAACUGAACAAAACCAUUGCAAAGAAGGAGUCUUUUAAAGCCAACAAAAAAGAUGACAAGAGUAGUGUAUCAGUGUCAAAAAACCAGGAAAUUAGACAGAGGAAAAUGUCAGGUAAAAAGGAUUCCCCUUCGAACAAACAGAAGAAUGAUGAAAAGACUGAAGAAAGGAAAAACAAUUUGAUGGGGAAAGAGGCCAAGAAAAUGGCUCCAAGGUCUUCAUCCCCUCCUGCAGACCCAAACAAAUCUGCAAGUACAAAGAAAAAUGAAACAAAAGUAAACAAAGGGACAGAGGACAGAGUAAAAUCCAACAAAUCUAACAAGGAGCAGCAAAACCAGAAGCUUUCGAGUGAUGUAGGGGAUCCAAAACACUUGGAGAUCUCAUCAGGCGAGGCGACAGAGUUUCUGGAACCGGAGCAAGAGCAAUCAAAUGAAUUGAAUGUUAAAACUAAACUCCCUGACAUCCUGUCGAGAAAGGAAUCAGGAAGUGAGGACAAUCCAAAAAGCAGCCAUGUGAGUCCAGAGAAGGCUAUAGAUGACAUACUGAAUCCACUCAAGUCCACUGAGGCUUCUGGGAUUGUCAAGACUCCAAAGAGUGAACGUAGCGUUAAUCUGGACCUUACACCCACUGAGAUUAGCUGGCCCGAUGGAGCUUUGAAGGACAAUCCACCCAAAAGUGGCCAGGACGAAGUCUGCAUUAGCCCUGAUGAAAAGACCUUGGAGUUGAGUUCUCCAAGGUCUGGUCUAAACAGUGCUGGUCAUACGCCAUAUCACCUUUCCCCUGAGGAAACUUGGGCCUCCAGAGACCGCAGCAGCAUAGCAGCUAAGAUGUGCUUGGGAUCAGACAGCCAGCAAGGAGGAUCAUGUAAGACUUCAGAGUCUGGAUGUCCCAAAAGUACUCAAGAGAGCAACUCCAGCUCUUCUAAAGAGAAACACUCCAGCUUCCUGUCUCUGAGCUCUUUCAAAGACAUUAUGCCUGACAUAUCACCCACAGUGACCACCACCACCCACUCAAUGCCUGCCGAAGUUAGCUCACCACAGUCCACUGAGGUUGACGAGUCUUUAUCAAUGUCCUUUGAGCAGGUGCUUCCUACAGUCAGUGAAUCCACAAAUGAGGAUGAGACCUCUUACUCUAACGGACACUACGCAGAUCCUGACUUCAAAGUAGGAAUGUCCUUGUCUUUAAAGAUGGCACAUUCAAAGAGGGUGAUAAACGACGCCUCAGAUGGACGUCCUUCUGGACCACAGAGUCUGAUGUUUGAUGCUUCCCAUGAUGUCGAUCUUUGUUUGGUUUCUCCCUGUGAAUUUAAACAUUUUAAACCUCUAGAGAAAGAUCACCACACCCUUUCUCCAGGACUUAUGGCCACCAGCCCUCAUGACUUCUCCGAUGACAGCGAUCGCUCCCAGGAAGUGGUGAAGCCCCUGCACCAGGCAUUUUUAAGCAACAAGGCCACUCACCCAGCCCAGGAAACCCCUCUCACCUCUGCCAGUGAUUACUUCCCCACUGCCUCGGAUUCCGACCCCCAGCCGGGUCUGGAGGAGUGCCCUUCCAUCACUGCCGAUGGUGCUUUAGAUUCUGAUGAAGAAGGAGGAGCACACUGCUCCUCUGACAACUUGAACCUGAAUAAUUCACCACUUCAGGAUCCUCUUCCUGUUCCUCUCAAAGACUUCCCCCCUUUUCCUGCCCAACCUGGGGCCUGCAUGCCUGAUCUUGGGAAAUUCGGCAAAACAGGUGCAAAGAACAGGAAGACAACUGUGGUUACGCAGAGGCUAAGCACUUCAGCACAAGCUAGCAAGACCAGAACAGGAAGUCAAAGUGGAUUGAGGUCAAAUUCUACCGUAGACACUGCAGUAUCACGUUCGUCUCAUUUUGGUGCAAAAAGACCAACCACCACAGCAGGUAUCAAGAGCAUCACCUCCGCGUAUUUGGACCUGGCGUACCUCCCCUCUGGAAAUGCAGCAUCCACUAUUGAUGUCGAAUUCUUCUGUCGUUUACGAUCAUCCUGUUACAUUAUAAGCGGAGAUGAUGCUCUGAAGGAAGACAUGAUGAGACCCAUUCUGGAUGCUUUACUGGACGGAAAGUCUGUUUGGCCUGAAGAUGUGCCAGUGACGUUAAUCCCCACGUUUGAGUCAGUGACGAUGCACGAGUGGUACCAUCAGACCCAGGAGAAGCAGCAGCAGCUGGGCAUCACGGUUCUGGGCAGCAACAGCACGGUGGCCAUGCAAGAGGAGACAUUCCCCGCCUGUAAAGUAGAGUUCUGACACGGUGAUAAAAUGACAGCAAGAGUGGGAGGGGCUAAACAUUUGAUUUCAAAAACUUAAAAAGCGGAAAAUAUUCAGCAUAGUAUAGUGUUUUGAUGCUACAACACACACUAACACACACAAACAAACACACUAACACACACACACACACCCCUCGUUAUGGGCGUGUUAAUGAGCUGAUCAGGUUCUAACAAACACUAAUGUACAGUAUCACACUAACCACUCCCCAGUCUUAUUAGAAUUUCUUCUGUGGGUUCUAGAUGGUUCUAGGUUUAGCUGGCAUUCUCGUGAGUACACUAUGUAGGGACGAGUUCUCGGAUUUGGGACGGAGCCUUAAAACUGUGGAUGUUACAGUCAGGAGUUUUAGAGUUAAUUCCUGACAUAGAACCAGGAAACAGGAGAUAAAACAAGAGGUUUUUGACAUUUUACUAUCACACAUUGCUGUCUGUUUCACCUUUACACAUUUAAUCAACAUUUUAACCCUUUCACUGACGUAAUAAACACCUGCAGUGUGUGUAGCAGUGUGUGCACGCUGUGUUUCCUGCAUGUGGUUCCAGUUUGUUUAUUUGAGAUAAAAAAAAAAGGUGUGAAAUAAAUCUUUUCAUAUCGCACGAGUGUAACUCAGUUUAAGAAGCCAAAGUGUAGAAAUAGCUGUAGACAGGAAGGACACGCAUGUGUGAGAAUGCGUUGAUAGAAAUAUAGAAAUAAAUAAAUAAAUAAAUAAAUAAAUAAGGACAUUCUGAUGAAGAAUAUUAUUAGAAUAGUAAAUAAGGAAUACAUCUUUUUCUUUUCUUUUUUGGGGGGGCUUCAAUCAGGAAGUUAAUGUAAAGAAGUUCUCAUUUCUCCAUUUAGAUAAUAAAAAGCAGCUAAUUAUGACUCUGAGUUUUCAAAAACGCAUAAGUGCACAUUAACGAAGCCGGCUGUGGUUGUGUUUAAUUGCUGUGAAACUUUCUGAUUAGGCUUUAAUACAGGAGUGGAUAAACAUUUACUGCCUUUAUAAAUGAUGGUAUUUAAACCACUAGCAGUCCAUUACCUGUGUGACGUGCAGAGUUUAACUUUAUUACCUCCCCAUGGGAAAAUGAAUUCAUCAUCUUUUUUUUUUUUACUUAUUUUGUUUUGCUGUUUCAUUUUUGUCCUUUGUAGCUCAUGUUAUCUGAACCUUUCCUGCACACACACACACACACACACACACACACACACACACACACGGACUCUUUAACGUAUUAGAGCAAAAUACACAAAACUGUCAUUCUGGGUUUUUUUUUUCUGGGGGGGGUAACUGACUAUUUUUUUCAUGGUCCGGUUUCCAUUGCUUGUGAGCAGGUCCGUAUCCUACAGUACGGACCCCGGUUACGGACCUCUGGCGACUCGCUUGUUCACAACAACAAACAACAUAGUAGCAAUUUUUGUCAACAUUUAUUUGCGCAUUUCUCAGGAGAAUAUCAUUAAUUUUACAGCAUGGAUAGCGAUAACGACAGUGUUCACAGCGAAAGCGAGUUUUACUACCCUGAGGAAGAAGAAAUAAAAGAAAACAUUUCAGGAGAAAGCUAAAAACCUGUAACUUGCUAACGCCGAGCAAAAACAUGGCCGAAUCCUGAAGGACUCCUAUUUGUAUAAAUAGGGGACUACAUAGGUGACAAAAUGUAGUUUUUUUUCCUGCCAUGGAAGUGCACUUGUAUACCGAGGAGGAAGCCAUUUGCAUUAUAGCCGUGAAUGAGGAUUCAAAAUGGCGGCUCGGCUCGGUUUUCCCUGUCGGGCGCUCUCGUUUUCUGUUAGAAUUUGGUAAAGAAAAAAUAAAUAUAUUA